AUGACCAAGAAAAACGAUCAGAUUAAUACUUCGUCGGGUAAUGGAAAUAAUACAACGACAAAUGGUACUGUUAUUGUUCAUCAACAACCUGUUAAUGAGCAACAACAACAUUUUGUGUUAUCGGCAGUGAAUAAUUCAGCACCUAUGAUUAUAACGACUCCACUAGCUGUACCUUCUAUAAUCACUCAACAAUUACCAACUAUAACAACGAAUACUCAACAACUACAACAGCAGCAACAACAAACAGUAACACCCACGAUUAAUACGCCUGUUAGUUUAGCUAAUACAACAAGUCAAAAUAAAACGACAAAAGUACCAGCACAAGAACGACUUGUCUGUAGUCUUUGUAAUAAAAUCUAUCGAUCAUCAGCUGGUCUUCGAUAUCAUAAACGGAAGCGACAUCGAGAUGAAGGUAUGCUUAAACCAACUCAAUUACAUCGAGUACGAUGCUUAGAAAAUGGAUGUACUUAUCAAAUGCUUGCUAUAUCUGACUUGAGAAAUCAUUUGGCCAAUCAUCAUCUAAAACCAGAAUAUAAAACAACUGAAGAAAAAAAAUUUAAUUCAUUUGCUGAAUUUACCGAAUGGAAAUCUAGUUUUGAACAAAGUAGUGGUUCAAAAUAUGUGAAAAACUGUGGAUCAAAGGGUAAAUCUGAGAAUCAAACAACAGAAUAUUAUUAUUGUAAUAGAACUGGACUUUAUAAACAAACGCGUCAAGGAUGGCGUCGUAAUUCCAAAACUCUUGAUUCACUUCGAUGUGGUAUUCAUUGUACAUCAUCAAUGAAAGUUGAUAUUGCACGUAAUGAUCAAAUAUCCGUACAGUAUUAUCCCACACAUUAUGGCCAUACGGCUGAACCACCUUUACAAGCUCCUCCAUCAACUACAAAUUCAACACUUGGAACAACAAAUAAUGAAUUAGUUGAACAAUCAUCUGUUCAACAACAAACAAUUCCGUCCAUUCAAACUGUUGUACAAGCAGCUGUUCAUCAACAAACUCAAAUAACUACUGAUCAUUGUGUACGACUUCAACAUCAACAUCAUGCACAAACGUCAAAUAUAAUUAUUAAUAUUGCUCCUGUAAAUACAACAAUUAUCAAAUGCGUAUGA